CUAUGUCCUAAUAAAGUCAUGCUAUGAACUUGGCAUGCAUUUUUGUUAAUGCAGACAAGUAAACAUUAGUUAGGUUCCCAAAGCCAAUACCUGACUAAUCUGGAUAGAGAAGAUCGGGUAUGGUGAAUGCAUGGUUUAAUCAUUAAUGUUAUAUGGUGAGGAGUAGAUGUAGAGAUUUUAAUGAAGGAGACAUAUCAUCAAUGUGUAGACAAAUAGAUAAUUCCCUCUGUCAAAAAAUUAUUCCUCAAGAGAAGAAAGUAAAAUCCCCAUAAAUGGCUACUCUCAAACCAAAGGCUAUAUAGAGCUAGCCCAAUAGGCACAAAUAUAUAAGAAGGAGCUGAGCUGAACCUAUACGACUAUAUUAAUACAGAGGUCAGUUCAUUACAUUAUUUAUUCAAAACCAACUCCCUCUUCUUCUUCAUCUCUUUCAGAAUUCAGAUCAUCCCUUAUUUUUGGUUUUUCCAUUUCAUAUUUCACAAAUGAAGCUCUUCAUGCAGCUGAUCAGUACCAGGAGAUUCAUGGCAUGACAGAGAAUAGAGAUAUAAUUAUGAAGCUCACAGAUCACUAAAAUUCAGUAAGGAAGUUUCUACCAUUUGUUUAAUUUGUGUUCACCUCUGUGUGGUUCCAAGGUAUAGAAAUUUUUCUAUGUAAAAAAAAAGAAAAGGCUGCAAAUCAGAAAACAAUUUAUCCAACUGCACGCUUAUGAGUUAAAGUUCAUCUUUAGCAGUACUCAUCUCUUCUCCUUUACUCGCUUUCAAUGAAAGUUGUGAUAAUUCUUUUUCUAUAAAUAUUCUGUUCGAUUCCCAUAAAAAAAGGUGGAGUUUGUAGCUUUUGUUCUUCUCAUUCCUUGUUUAAUCUUAUCAAGGCUUCUUUCUUCCUCCAAAUAUUCUGAAAGAGCGCACCUUCCCAACCAACAAUCAAUCCCCUUUUGUGAAUUUCCACACACCCACACACACACACAAGAAAAAAGAACUCUUUUUUCGUGCUCUGUUUCUGAAACACAGACACCUCCGUUUCUUCAUAAUUUUAAUAGUAAAUUAUUGAGUUUUGAUAUUCCCUUCAAGUACUCCUUCUCGCUUAUUUAUAUGUGUAUUCUUGGCCUCUUCCUCUUGAACCACUUGCAAAUUCGCUUCUUGCAUACUUCAACUUCAAGCUUUCUGCUCUGUUUUAAAAGCAUUUCUGUUUCCCAAGAUCAAAUCUUGAAGAAGCUGUUUUACUUUGGAAGCUCGAGAUUCAGUUAAUACUAUCUCCUAGGGAAAGAGAACAAACAUUGAAGGGCUAGCUUGCUAGCUUGUGAUUAAAAGCAAACAUUAACCACAACCAGGUUUUCUUUUGGUUUAAACUCGUUACAUAAAGCCUUGUCUUUCUCGGUUUCUGAUGUUCAAAAUGGCUGUCAUUUAUUAUGACUUAAGAGCAUGUUUCUGUGUGUGCAUUUAUUUGGGAGCAGUAGAAUUGGUAAGCAUUUUUUUUUUUUUUAAGGAAGAAAAGAUGAGAGAAUAGGGUGGUGGUGAUGGGGUCAAUGUAAUCAGACUCUUUUUUUUUUUUUUUGGAGCCAUGCUGCUAGUAUGUCUGUCUGUGCAGACUCAUCAUUACAAUUGCUGUUUUAGUGUUUUUGGCAUUUUAUUCUUGACCAAACUUCUUCAUAUUUCAUCAUCAUCUUCUGCAACCUGUCUUUUCCAAUCUUACAGAGAUGGAUACAGAGAGAAUGUACAGGCACUAGUCUUUGCAUUUACUUUUUUACUCUAUUUUGAGCUCUGUUUCACGUGAUGGGUUGUUACGAUUUGUCUCUUUGAUUUGAUCAUCGAAGUAGUAUCAAUACAUUAAGACCUCAAUGUGUGAGCGUGUAAUUUGUACAACAGAUACUAUCUCAGCAUAAUGAGAACAUUUCUUUUCAUCCCCACAACAACACAAUGUACUGUCUUUUUUCAGAUCUUCAUUCUCUAUCCCUUUGACCUCUUCUACUAGGGAAUGAAAUGAACAGUUUUGUUUUUUUUUUGGAGGGAAUGAAACUCAAUUCAUGUUGUCGUGUGCCUUUCGAUAAAAAUGCACUACAGGAGCAAAGAUGUCCAUUUCGUACUUUGUUUGCACUUUGCAUUUGACAUCUAUCAGUCCAUUAUUACUAAAUAUAAAAUGGGGGUGUAGAAUAAAAGACACUUUUGCAGUGGUUCCGUCGUUUUCCUUCAGUGGCUCCUUUAUUGGCCAAUGGAUAUCAUAUGGUUUUGUCUCAACUCUGAAAUGACUUGCAUUCAAAACACAACACUGUUCGGGCUUGAAUUAUUCAAACACCCGUUUUAAUUUCUGAUCAAUUCUUAGUGUCAAUGUUACUGAAAAAUCAUCUUGUUAAUUGUCUCACUUUAUCCCACAAGAAAUGGGAAACUCUUGAAUCAGUUUUUACUGUAUACCUUUGAAACGUGAUCCUUUCCAGUUCAAAGUUGUCUUCUUUUUUUUUUUUGGGUUCAUGAAAAAAGCAGAGAUUUUUAACAUAAUGAGGUUAUAAUUUAGACAAAAAGGCUGUCCUAGCGCACCAUAGAACUUGAAAGAAGGAGAAAGGUGGGAUUGAAAUGAAAUGAAGGCUGCAAAUACAGUAACGCAGAGCACUAAUAAUAAUAUGGCUAGUGCGGCCGCAGUACGGAUAAAGCCUACAGUGGAGUGGGCCGUCUGAUCCAUCUUAUUCCUCUUUUUUUGACCAGUAAAACUCUCAUGUGUCCCCAUCACUUUUCAUCAUCUUGGUCUCUUGGGCUUGAGAUCCAAGUUCCAACCACUCAUUAGUUUUCCUUAGGAAAAUUUGCAAUUUUCUUCCCUCAGUUCUGGGAAGAAUAGUAUAUCAGUCUAUUAGAUAAUGAAUGGUAGCUUGGCUUGCCUCCUAUUUGUGUUAACAUGUUCUUCUGGGCUACCAAUAAAUACAUGCAUUCUGUGGUUUUGUGGGACAAUUUGCAGCUUUUGAUUCUGUAGAUUUUAUAGUUAUAGGAUUAGGCUUAUAGCUAACAUUACCAGGUGCCAAUUAGUUAUGAUUUAUGGCUAACAUUGAAUAUUUGAGUUGGGUCUCAAAAAAGUUCAAUAAAGUUGAUAACUUUAUCAGAAAAGAGUUUGCAAUUUAUGCAAAUCUAAUGAAACUCAUCAGGGUUAACAAAGGGAUGAGGGAAAAAUCCAGUGGUUCCAGCAAAUAUUACACAAUUUUCAAUGGGUUCUGAUAGGAUUGAUCUACUUAGAUUGUAGAGCUAGCUAUAACAAGAGAUGAGGGAUCCUGUUUCCUGCCUAGAGUUUAGGAGAUAAUCCCAAGAAUGAAAAUCCGUUAUUGUUAACAGCAUUAAGUAGACAGCUGAUUUUGUCUCUUCUUUCCAUCUUAGCGUGUAUGUUUUGUCCCUUCUUAGCAGUUUUCUUUUCUUGGUCAAAUUUGGCCAUGUUUUUCUUCACAUGAUUCAGCUGUUAGUAGCUCACACCAUCACGUUUUUUCCCCCUCUAUUCCCGUCUUCCGUUACAAUAUCGUUGGACUAAUUGCACUAACUUCACAGUCUUUGAUGAAUUUCUUUGUUGAUAAUUUGUUGGUUAAAACAAAUUGUUGAAGACUAUCAAUCCUGUUUCUUAUACAAAGUUGUAAUCGGAUGGUAACUGAUGUACAAUUUCCUGUUCUUUUUAUCCCUGUUCUUCUUAUUGAUCCUUUUGCAAACAUAUGACUUUUGGUUACUGGAGAAAGUUCCAUCUUUUUGUUGCACUUUGCUGCUGAUAGUCUCUCGUCUGCAUGGUUGCAUGGCCCUGUUUAUCAUCACUUUUUGGCUUAAAACUUUCAACCAGAAUCAAAGUGGUCUAUUGAGACAGAAUAUUCAAAUUUUGAUGCUUUUCCUCUACUUUUAACAUCUUUCUUCCCGCAUGCUUUAUUAAAGUUACUUGCAUGCCUCCACAAAGUUGCAUGCCUGCAAAGCUCAAAUCAUUCAAACUUAUCCAGCAUUCUUCUUCUUCAUUUAUGUAUUUGAUUUGCACCAAACUGCAGUUUGUGAAAACUGCUAUAGUUAACAGCUCCGCUUCAGUCUUAUAACUAUAUACAUUUGUUAUCGUCUGUAGGCGAUCUCAAAUCUCCAAUAUGCCUCAAUGUCAGAGAAAUAAGCAACCUAUGCAGAAGCAUCUCAUUUCACGUACCCCGUUACAGGAAACCAUGAAUCAAAAUGCACAAUCCUUAAUUUUGCAACCUUAUGAUGAAGAUAGCGGUGAAGUUCAUAAGAGCAGUGUUGCAAAGAGAAGGAGAAGGAGAAGAGGAAAAGGGACACAGUUAACAAAGAAGAUCGAGGAUGUAACAGCUGAACCUGGUGUUAUAACCUCUACUUCUUCAGAGAAAAACCUGUCAUUUCCUCUUAGGCCAGGAUACGGCAGUUUGGGUUCCAAAUGUGUUGUAAAAGCCAACCAUUUCAUUGCUGAAAUAUCAGAAAAGAACUUGUGCCAUUACAGUGUAGGAUGUUAUUCUGAUGCAGUAAUGUGAUGUUGAAAAAUGUUUCCGCCUGCCAAAAUGACAGCUUGUAAAUGUUCAAUCUGUGCAGGUGUUGAUAACUCCAGAAACCAAUUCAACGACUAUGAACAAAGCUAUCAUGAAACAAUUGGUGAAACUUCAUGGGGAUAAGGAAUUAGGGAAGAUGCUCCCCGUUUAUGAUGGAAGAACAGCCCUUUACACAGCUGGAUACUUGCCCUUUUCCUCAAAAGACUUCACUGUAUCUCUCAUGGAUAUUGAUGAGUGCAUAAACACUAAAAAGGAACAAAGAUAUAUAGUGACUAUUAAGUUCAUCUCUCAAGCUAACAUGCUGCCUCUGCACAAACUUAUUUCUGGAAAUCAAGUAGAGACCAAUGCGCAAGCCCUCAAGAUAAUGGAUAUUGUGUUGAGGGAGCUUGCAUCACAAAGAUAUGUGUCAGUUGGGAGAUUCUUCUAUUCUCCUAGUCUUAAGAGACCUCAGUCACUUGGUAAUGGAUUACAAUCUUGGAGAGGCUUCUACCAGAGCAUAAAACCUACCCAAAUGGGAUUUUCAUUGAACAUUGACAUGUCAUCGACUGCAUUUAUUGAACCACUUCCUGUUGUUGAAUUUGUUGCUCAAGUAUUGGGGCGAGAUGUUACCUCACGACCAUUGUCUGAUGCUGAUCGAGUAAAGGUGAAAAAAGCUCUUAGAGGUGUCAAAGUUGAAGUUACACACAGGAAAAAUAUGCGAAGGAAAUACAGGAUAAUAGGAUUGACUUCACAGCCAACCAGGGAACUGAUUUUUCCAGUUGAUGAGGAAAAGAACAUGAAAUCUGUCAUCGAGUACUUUCAAGAGGUCUAUGGCUUUACUAUCCAACAUGCCCAUCUGCCUUGCCUUCAAGUAGGAAGCCAAAAGAAAGUGAACUACUUGCCAAUGGAGGCCUGUAAGAUAGUUGCGGGACAGAGGUAUACUAAAAGGCUGAAUGACAAGCAGAUAACUUCCCUGUUGAAGUUCUCAUGCCAAAGACCUCAAGAACAAGAAUCAGAUGUUUUGCAGACUGUUCGCCAAAAUGAUUAUAAGCAAGAUCCUCUGGCCAAGGAAUUUGGAAUCAGUAUUGAUGACAACCUUGCAUCAGUCGAGGCUCGAGUUCUUCCAGCUCCCUGGUUGAAGUACAAUGAUACUGGAAAAGAGAAAGAAUAUCUUCCUCAGCUAGGUCAGUGGAAUAUGAUAAAUAAGAAAGUGAUCAACGGUGGGACUGUUAAUUAUUGGGCAUGCAUAAACUUUUCUCGAAGUGUCCAAGAGAGUGCUGCUUCUAGUUUUUGUCAACAGCUUGCCCAGAUGUGCCAAGUCUCAGGAAUGGAAUUCAAUUGUGAUCCUGUAAUUCCAAUCUAUUCCGCUCGACCUGAUCAAGUGAAGAAGGCUCUGGCUUAUGUUUAUAAUGCAGCAGCAAACAAAUCAGGAGGAAAGGAGUUAGAGUUGCUCAUUGCUAUUCUUCCUGACAACAAUGGCUCUCUGUAUGGGGACUUGAAGCGAAUUUGUGAAACUGAUUUGGGGCUGAUCUCUCAGUGCUGCCUUACAAAGCAUGUCCUAAAAGUUAACAAACAGUAUCUGUCUAAUGUAUCUCUCAAGAUCAAUGUUAAGAUGGGAGGCCGAAAUACUGUGCUUUUAGAUGCCUUGAGAUGGAAAAUUCCUCUUGUGAGUGACAUCCCAACCAUUAUAUUUGGUGCCGAUGUUACUCAUCCUGAGUGUGGUGAGGAGAAUAGCCCGUCUAUAGCCGCUGUUGUGGCUUCACAAGACUGGCCAGAAGUUACCAGAUAUGCAGGGCUAGUAUGCGCUCAACCUCGUAGGCAAGAACUUAUUCAGGAUCUGUAUAGAACCUGGAAAGAUCCUCAGCGAGGGACACUGUCUGGAGGCAUGAUCAGAGAGCUCCUGCUGUCAUUCAAGAAGUCCACUGGACAGAAACCGCUCAGACUAAUAUUCUACAGGGAUGGAGUCAGUGAUGGGCAAUUUUAUCAGGUUUUACUGUAUGAGCUUGAUGCAAUUCGCAAGGCAUGUGCUUCACUUGAGCCAAACUAUCAGCCUCCAGUAACUUUCAUUGUUGUCCAGAAACGCCACCAUACACGGCUUUAUGCAAAUAACCACCACGACAGAAGUAGCACUGACAAGAGUGGGAAUAUCUUACCUGGUACCGUGGUGGAUACUAAGAUAUGUCAUCCUACCGAAUUCGACUUUUAUCUGUGCAGUCAUGCUGGAAUUCAGGGAACUAGUAGACCGGCGCAUUAUCAUGUUCUUUGGGAUGAGAACAAUUUUACAGCAGACGAAAUCCAAUCCCUUACCAAUAACCUGUGUUACACGUAUGCUCGGUGUACUCGGUCCGUCUCUGUAGUGCCUCCUGCAUAUUAUGCACAUUUGGCAGCGUAUAGAGCUAGGUUUUACAUGGAUCCUGAGGCUCAGCCAACGGGAAAUUCAGCAGUGCGGCCGCUUCCGCCGCUGAAAGAGAGAGUGAAAAAUGUAAUGUUUUAUUGUUGAAGUUGUACUGGGGGGUGGAAAGCAGGGGCAAAAGAAGAAGUGAAAUUUUGAGCCAUGAUAGUUAACACAUGAAUUGGCCUCCUGUAAAUUAUCGAUGGGAAAGAAAAAAGAUCUGCAUGUUUAGUGUUUAUAGUGUAAAUUAUUUAGGCGCCCUAAAAAGCUACAGUUUUGUUUUUGUUCUUCUCAUUCCAUCCAAGCUAGUAUCAAGUCAAGUUGGCUUAAUUCUAGUACUCCCUCCGUCCCAAAUUUAUUGUACAGUUUGGAUUUUUAAUUUUAAUUCAAUUUGUAUUAAAAAUGAAAACUCAAACAGAAUAAUAAUUUUGGGACGGAGGGAGUACAAAUUAAGAUGUUAUGAUCACAAAAUAAUCCAGAAAUGAAUUCGCAACAAAUCAGGAAACAGUUUAUUCUUUGUUUUCAACACAUUGUCUGACGAGUGGCCUGAUUGAUUACAUGGUGAAUUUUGAAGAACACUCAUCAAAUCUAUGAUAGUGAUCAAUAUUUUCCACUCAGAAAAUGAGAAAAAAGAAAAAUAAAAGAAGAAGAAGAAGAAGAAGCAGACAAAGGAAAGGAACAGAAAAG